GGAGGUGACAUGCAGCUGCUGCUCAGGCUGGUGGUUUGUGCUCUGUCCCUGUCUGGCAACACAGUUGUGAUGAACAUCUCUCUGACGUGCACCAUUUCAGCUGCCAAAACAAUGAAGCUGCUUGCAGAGAUGGAAGAUGCCCUGCUAAGGAACCUGUUUCGAGGAUAUCAGAAGUGGGUGAGACCAGUGCAAAACUGCAAUGACACAAUAACAGUGAAGUUCGGACUUGAAAUCUCCCAGCUGGUGGAUGUGGAUGAAAAGAAUCAGUUGAUGACUACAAAUGUUUGGCUAAAGCAGGAGUGGAAUGAUUAUAAGCUGGCAUGGGAUCCGGAUGAUUAUGGUGGCAUCAACGCUAUCAGAGUGCCGUCUGAGUCGAUUUGGCUCCCUGAUAUUGUAUUAUAUGAAAAUGCAGAUGGACGGUUUGAAGGCUCCUUAAUGACAAAAGCAAUUGUGAAGCAUAAUGGUGCAGUGAAAUGGACACCCCCAGCAAGUUACAAAAGCUCCUGUACAAUAGACGUCACUUUUUUCCCGUUUGACAGACAGAACUGCUCAAUGAAAUUUGGGUCCUGGACCUAUGAUGGCAGCUUGGUCGACCUCAUUUUGGUAGAUGAGAAUGUGGACCGAAAGGACUUUUUUGACAAUGGAGAAUGGGAGAUUUUAAAUGCCACGGGAAUGAAAGGGACCAGAAGCGAUGACUGUUAUGUAUACCCUUUUAUCACAUAUUAUUUUGUACUGAGGCGUUUGCCCCUGUUCUACACAUUGUUUCUGAUCGUUCCUUGUCUUGGGCUAUCUUUUCUCACUGUACUCGUAUUCUACUCACCCUCAGAUGAAGGGGAGAAGCUGUCCCUGUCCACUUCGGUUCUGGUCUCCCUGACUGUCUUCCUUUUACUCAUUGAAGAGAUCAUCCCAUCUUCCUCCAAAGUGAUCCCUUUGAUUGGGGAAUAUUUACUGUUUAUUAUGAUUUUCGUGACUCUCUCGAUCAUUGUCACUGUCUUUGUGAUAAACGUUCACCAUCGCACCUCAGCAACCUACCACCCCAUGGCCCCGUGGGUCAAAAGGUUGUUCCUUCAGAGGCUCCCCAAACUCCUGUGCAUGAGGGGCCACACCGAUCGCUACCACUGCUCGGAAAGCAAUAUGGACAGCCCAAAAUCGAGGCAGAAGGCCGCUGAGAAACGGAGACGGAGUUCAGCAAAGGAUGACGAAAAUGCAGCCGUGGUAGCUAUCUUAGAGAGGGCUGCUGAAUCUGUGAGAUACAUCUCGGGCCAUAUAAAGAAAGAGCAUUCUAUCAGAGAGGUUGUGGAAGACUGGAAGUUUGUAGCCCAGGUUCUGGAUCGGAUUUUCUUAUGGCUCUUUUUGCUGGUGGCUAUUCUAGGAUCGGCAAUGAUCUUUGCUCCAUCACUUCGAAUGUGGUCGAGUAUUAUAAUAAAACCCAAUGAAAAUGAUCACAAUUAAUCUCAAAAUGUGGCUCAUACAUGUUUUUGGAGCUGGUUUGCAAAUACGUCACUUGCUAUUAGAUUGAAUUCUAUUUUAUAGAAGAAAGAUGCUUUGCCAAGUAUCAUUUGGGAGCCAAGGCAGCACUUCGAAUGUGGUUGAGUAUUAUAAUAAAACCCAAUGAAAAUGAUCACAAUUAAUCUCGGAAUAUGGCUCAUAGAUGUUUUUGGAACUGCUCUGCGAAUAUGUCUCUUGCUAUUAGAUUUAACUCUAUUUUAUAGAAAGAAGAUGCUUUGCCAAGUAUCAUUUGGGAGUCAAGUCAGCACACUUAAAUUCAUACUUACUGCACCUAUUUAUGUACAUUUUAAUCUUAAUGUGCAGAUUUAAUUUUGAAUCAAAUACCGGCAUGUAAAAGCAUGGAAUAUGUACUGCACUGCAAAUUCCGAACAGUUUGUGUUCUGUGUAAUGCUUGUUUAUACAUGAAUUUGAUGCCAUUUAAUUGCAUUGCUAUCUUUUCGAUGAUUAGUGACUUAUGCAACAACUGAAAAAGCAGAGGGUAGAUCAGAGGAUGAUAAUUGGACACUAAUGUGAUUUUCCUGGAAUUGAGACACAUACACAUUUGUUUCAUGAACCUCAUGAAUAUAUUUCAACAAAGAAACAAUAAGGUAUCAAAAUUUUUUGCAGGAACAGAAUUUUGUAUGGCUUUAUAUUAAAAAUGCCAACAGAGCUUCAACGACACAUGGAAGGAUUGCUGAGUAAAGAUGCCUAAUUUGCUCACUGUAUCAGUUGUCCAUGAAUAAUGGUUAAUAUAUUGGAAGAA